AUGCCUGCCGGAAAGGCGACCUUCAAAAGCAGCGAGACUUUCUGCCAAAUGUGUGUUGUCCUUGCUGACACGCUCCAACGUAAAGACACAACAAAGAAAUUUGGCGUCCGUUACCCUAAAGAUUAUCUCAACUUCUGUAUCCUACUCCGUUCAUAUGGUGCCCAGUCAGCAAAGCAGUUUGCGCUUAUUGCCGGCCAACUUCCCAUGCCUUCCCCACGUCAUCUGCGCCAAUUCAGAGGAUGCACUUCAGAAUCCCAAUCUUACUUUCGAGAAUUUGGCACGGUUAAGCGUCUGGUGACGGCCAUCAAGUAUAACGGGCCAGUCUGUGUUGCGGGAGACUGUACAAAAGUGCGGACACGGCUUACCUACUCCAGCGAGUUUGGCGGGCAUAUCUUGGGAAGCGUUCUCCCCUUGGAGGAAUGCAUCGCUGAGACACCAGAUGAUAUCGACAACAUCAUUUCGAAGAUAAUCAAAUCUAAAACGCAGGCGUCCCAAGUUCGAGCCAUUCUGAUUAAAGCCGUGCCAGCAUUGACAAGACAUAGUCCUCCCAAACCUGGCCGAGAAGAAUGUCCACCAAAUAAACCCACUCUCUGUUGGCUCAUUUAG